CGGCCCGACCAAAACUCCUAAGCUGCUGUGAACGCUGGUCCCGAGCAACCGGGAGACCCGCCGGGGCGACAGGGGUGGGCCCGCCUUGAAAGCCAGCCAAUGGUAGCGCGCGGGAGAAGUGACGUAUCCGUUUGGUCUUCCGCUAGUAGACGGCGGGAGGUUGGUUGAGCGCAUGCGUCUUGUGGCAGCUUAGGGAAAGGUGCUGCUGGCGGCCCGAGCUGAAGAUAUGGAGCCGGGCUACGGAGGCUACGGGGCAUGGAGUGCUGGACCCGCCAACACCCAGGGUAAGUGGGACCUGCUUUUUGGGGAGACAUGGGCUCCCUGACACCCAAGGCACCAGCAUGACAGAGCCCUUCCUGAUGCUGUGCUGGGGAUGGUGGACUGUAGCCUGAAGAGGCUGACAUGGGGGACUAGGGUUAGCCCAGGGGCCGGGAAAUCUUUUCUGUAAAGAGCCAGGUAGUAAAUCUUUUCCGCUUUGCAGGCCACAUGUCUCUGUGGUGCAGGAAGCCCCCACAGACAAUUUAUAAACAAAUGGACAUGGCUGUGUGCCAAUAAUAUUUACUUAUGGAUAGUGAAAUUUACACACCAUAUGAUUUUCACGUGUCAUAAAAGUCUUUAUUUUAACAAUUUAUGUUAUUUUAUUCUAAGUAAAUAGCCGACGGCAUAAUCAAAGACUUUUACAAUUAAUAGACUUUAUUUUUUAGUAGUUUUAGACUUUUAAGAUUGAGCAGUCCCAUAUGCUUACCCCACCGUCACCCUGGCACAGUUUCUCUUACUACUAACAUCUUGCAUUUGUGGGGUACAUUUAUCAUCAAUAAAAAAAAAAUCAAUGUUGAUGCAUUGUUGUUAACUAUAAUCCAUGGUUUACAUUAAUAUUCAGCCUGUGUUGUACAGUUCUAUGAGUUUUGACAAAACUAUAAAGGACGCAUUUUAUGUCAAAGUUCAUAUGUCACGAAAUAUUCUUUUGAAUUUUUUUUUCUUCCCCAUCCAUUUAAAAAAGUCAAACCCAUUGUUAACCUACGGGCAAUACAAAAACAGGCGAGGGGCUAGAUUUGGCCUGGGCACCUGUUUGCUGACCCUGCUCUUGAGUCUAGAUCCUGACGCUCAGCGUGUUGGAAGGUGAUGAGGUUUUCUGCUUUUUGCCAGCAUCUCUUCAGGGGCUGGGACAAGGGUUCCUUUGUUUACUGAGCCUGGGACUUGCCUCUAGCACCGUUGGGGAUGGGGUCACUUUUCACCCGUUACUGAGUGUCCUGGGAGGAGGCCUUCUGUGUCACGUGUUACUGGCACACAUCAUUGUUCCCUUGCUUGGUUGAGUUAGGGACAUGAUUUUCCACUGCUGGAUGUACUCUCCAUGUUAUUGGCGGUGCCUGAGCUCUGAGUCCUGGUGAGAACUGGCACUUGAGAAGGGCUCUGCCAGGGGACCUGAUGUGGCUGGUGGCCCACACUAGACAGGCUCCCUGGGAAGGCUGCAGCGUCCUUUCCGUUGUCCUGAUGGGAGAGAUCUGUCUUGCCUAGGAGAGAAGACCUGAGUGUGCUUAGCUGAAUGCCCUGUAGGAAAAGAGUUUUACAGCUCAGGCGCCCCAGCCUUUCCUGGCCUUAAUGAGCAUUGCCACAGCUACCCGCAGCCCUGGCCCCAUGGGUAGUGGAGUGAGGUGACAACUGUCCUUCAACAUCUAGGCAGGGUUUGGGAGCAUGGGGUCUCAGGUGCCUUCAUUCUGCAAACAAAGCUCUUGUGUGUUUUUGUUUCCUCUAAGGUGCAUAUGGAACUGGUGUGGCCAGCUGGCAAGCUCCUUCCGCUUCCAGUCGUUUGAGUCAUAUGACUCCAGGCCUUGCCUGCCCGAGCACAACCCUUACCGCCCCAGCUACAGCUAUGACUAUGACUUUGACCUGGGGCCUGACCGCAAUGGUGGCUUUGGUGGUCAGUACAGUGACUGCCGGGACCCAGCGCGUGAGCGGGGAUCCCUUGAUGGCUUCAUACGGGGUCGGGGCCAGGGCCGCUUCCAGGAUCGGAGCAACCCCAGCACCUUCAUGCGCAGCGACCCCUUCAUGCCGCCUGCGGCCUCCUCUGAGCCCCUGUCUGCUCCCUGGACAGAGCUGAACUACGUGGGUAGUAGGGGCCUGGGGGGCCCCUCCCCCAGUAGGCCACCGCCUUCCCUCUUCUCUCAGUCCAUGGCCCCCGACUUUGGGGUGAUGGGCAUGCAGGGAGCGGGCGGUUAUGACAACUCUUUGCCCUAUGGAUGUGGCCGGUCCCAGACCUGGAUGAGGGAUCGGCCCAGAAGGAGAGGGUUUGACCGCUUUGGCCCAGACGGCAUGGGCAGGAAACGGAAGCAGUUGCAGAUCUAUGACGAGCCAGAUGCUAAACAGGCCCGGGCUGACAGCGAAGGAGAUGUUUCCGAAAACGAUGAUGGAGCUGGUGACUUUCGGUCAGGAGACGAAGAAUUCAGGGGUGAGGACGAAUUCUGCGACUCUGGGAGGCAGAGAGGAGAGAAGGACGAUGAGGAUGAUGAAGUGAAAAAGAGAAGAGAAAAGCAAAGGAGGAGAGACAGGAUGCGAGACAGAGCAGCUGACAGGAUUCAGUUUGCCUGUUCCAUUUGCAAGUUUCGUAGCUUUGAAGACGAAGAAAUCCAGAACCAUCUGCAAAGCAAAUUUCACAAAGAGACACUACGGUUUAUAAGUACCAAACUGCCUGACAAGACAGUGGAGUUCCUCCAGGAAUACAUUGUAAACAGGAAUAAGAAAAUUGAGAAGCGGCGUCAGGAAUUGAUGGAGAAGGAAAGCACAAAACCAAAGCCAGAUCCUUUCAAAGGGAUUGGCCAGGAGCACUUCUUCAAGAAGAUCGAGGCUGCUCACUGCCUGGCUUGUGACAUGCUAAUCCCUGCGCAGCACCAGCUCCUCCAGCGGCACCUGCACUCUGUCGACCACAAUCACAACCGCCGAUUGGCUGCUGAACAGUUCAAGAAAACAAGUCUCCAUGUGGCUAAGAGUGUUUUGAACAACAGACAUAUAGUGAAGAUGCUGGAAAAAUACCUCAAGGGUGAAGACCCUUUCACCAAUGAAGCCGUUGAUCCAGAAAUUGAAGGAGAUGACAAUUUAGGAAGUGAGGAUAAGGAAGAGACACCUGAGGAGGUGGCUGCAGAAGUCUUAGCCCAGGUGAUUACAGCAGCAGUGAGAGCAGUAGAUGGAGGAGCACCUGCCCCAGAGAACAGUGAAAUGCUGGCUGAAGGGGAAGGCCCCAUGGACAUGGCAGAGGCCACCGGUGGUCCCCACCCUGAACAGCUGCUGGAAGUGGAGACAUCCUGUGGAAUGAUGUCUGAGAAGGGCAAUGCUGAAGCAGAAGCUGGAGGUGAAGCUGCCAAGGCCGGAGGUGAAGUUGCUGAGGCCGGAGGAGAAGCAGAGACCCUGACAGCAGAGGCAGAAAGCACUGUAACAGUCACUACUCCUGCCCCAGCUGUCUUGGAAGCUGAAGUGGAACAAACUGAUGCAGAGUCCGAAGGUGUUAUUCCCACAGAAUGAUCCUCCUUUCCUUGUUUCAAGGGAUGUGUUAUAUAAUGCAUUGCUCUUUCUUUGGUUUGUAAGCAGUACUAGGGUGUGUGUUACUGGAAUAUGCUGAAAACUUAUUUUGGUUAAGAGACCCAGCCAUUUCCUUCAGAAAAGUGUACCUCACGAGCUUGUAGAGAGUUGUGUGGCUUUCUGCCUUGGUUUGAAGGCUGCAGAAGUUGUACAUUCCCCCAAGCAGCUGUGACAUCUCUCUUUACACUGCAGUUGGAAUAAUUAAAGUUGGGUAAUUCGAUUUUGAUGAUACUUUGCUAGUUAAAUACAGCCACUGGUUGAAUGCCCUUUUUUUUAUUAUUAUUAUUUUGUCUGGGAGCAGCUCAAUACUAAGAUAUAUCUUGCUUUAUAAAGGAUUUUUUUUUUUUUUUAAUGUUUCAAGAAUUUGCUUUGGCUUUCAUUUUUGACCUUUGCUUUUGUAGUGGACCAUAUAGUAUGUGAUCCUCACAAGAUGUAGUAGAAUCUUGUUAACGUGAUGUUGGUUCUGUCACCUCAAUGAAGUCUCUCAAAGGCCUGAGGAAGUUGACACACCUGCACCAUUGGACGCACACCUACUUGCCCCUCAAGAAUGAGGACACUUUGCCUAGGGUAUUGUUUCCCAAUCUUUAGUCCUUGGUGAAUCACCUUUACAAUUUUUUACCUCAUUUGUGUUCCACCUCUGCAUUACUUCAGGGUUUUUUUCUUUAAAUUGAGUUACUUCUACUUAAAAUAUUUAAAAAGAAAACCUGAUGUCACUCUUAUGAAUGGAAAACCAAUAUAAAUUGCCGUAGAUAGAUGCUAUCUAAAAAAUGAGUAUAAUGAAAUAAAAUAGACAUUUCAUUUUAGAUAAAUAGCAUUCUUUUGAAGGUUUCUGUGUCUGUGAGAAAGGAAGGCUAGCGUGUUAAGGGGUAGCAAGCAACAGCUCUUUGUUCAUGUAAUCAAAAUAAUUGGAAGAUAGCUCCCUUUUGCAAUGAUAUUGCUGGGUCUGUUUCCCUGUAAACCUUCAAACUGUGUGUCACAUUUAGGGAAGUACUGGCCAGUGGGAAAUUAUUAGACAAGAGGUAGUAAAAUAUUUGAUGAACAUCUCCUGUGUACCAGGUGCUAAUUUACGAUAAAAAUAAGAUAUGAGUGCUGCUCUCAAGGAGCCUUAUUGGAGAUGUGAGAUGAAUAUUUAUGAAAAUCAAUAUUAGAUUAGAACUAAAAACAAAUAAACUGCUCAAUAAGCAAGAAA